UUCAACUUUCCCUUGCUUUGUUAUUUUUGCUUCCACACAAACAAAACCUUAGCUUGUGACAUUGUGAUAAUGCACUACCAAACGGCCUCGUGGGGGAACUAUGUGGCAGCAAGCAGGAACAACGGAAUGGUGGGUGUGGGAGUGGACCCGCUGGAGCGGAUAGAGAGGCUGGCGUCGGAGAACGCGGUGGUGAUAUUCAGCAUAAGCAGCUGCUGCAUGUGCCACGCCAUCAAGCGCCUCUUCUGCGGCAUGGGAGUUAAUCCCGCCGUCCAUGAGCUUGACGAGGACCCUCUCGGGAAAGAUCUCGAGAGGGCUCUCAUCAGGCUCCUGGGUACCUCGUCCGUCGUCCCCGUCGUCUUUAUCGGUGGAAAGCUUGUUGGUACCAUGGACAGGGUCAUGGCCUGCCAUAUCAAUGGCACUUUGGUCCCUCUUCUCAAAGAAGCUGGUGCCCUUUGGCUUUGAAAUUUCAUUUUUCAUUUUUAAAUUAAUACCCACCUUUUAAUUUGGGAUUUCAGAUCAACGAGUCAUCUUCUUCACUACUACUACUAUUACUUCUAGAAGCUACUAUUACUACUAAUGCAUAUAGCAAAAGGCAACGGUUUGAGGAAGAGGAGUGGUCUUUUGUGAGUCUCUUCCCCAUUCCAUUUUGGAAGGCACUUAUUAUUAUUACUACUGACUUUGUUAAUUCUUCAGCAGCAAUUUUUUUCUCUUUUUAUUUUAUUUUUGUUCUU